AUGUACAAGAUAUUGGCUAUUUGCGACGUAGAAAAACAGAAAGUGUGGAAAAGCGGGCAUCGAGCGGCUACCUUCUACCAAAGCUGUGCCACCACCAACGAGCUGGGAACCGGCUUCAUAGUGUUGGCAUCAUCAACGUGCACUGCCCACGAAGGAAGACGCGACGACGAGGAAGAAGCGUUCUACGCACAGCUGGAAAAGAUAUACGAUGGAUGCCCACGGCGAGACGUCAAAAUCGUCAUCGGCGACAUGAAUGCACAGGUAGGAAGGGAGGAAAUGUAUAGACUAGUCAUCGAACCGGAUAGUCUGCACACCGCAUCGAAUGACAACGGCCAACGAUGCAUUAACUUCGCAGCCCCCCGGGGUAGUGCGAAGCACCUUCUUUCCCCGCAAAAAUUUCCACAAGGCCACAUGGAGAUUACCUAGCCAAGAAACGGAAAACCAAAUCGACCACGUUCUAAUCGACGGUAAAUUCUUCUCUGACAUCACGAACGUCCGCACUUACCGUAGUGCGAAUAUUGAAUCCGACCACUACCUCGUUGCA